UUCAAGAUGGCUGCCUCCAAGUGUACCCGGCUUACCGGUGAUCUCACCCGCAGCUUUCUGGCCUCGGUGGACACUGUACUGUUUGAUUGUGACGGGGUACUGUGGCGGGGGGAUGAAGCCAUCCCCGGGGCGCCCGAGCUCAUUAACAAGCUGAAACAGCACGGGAAGCGCGUGUUUUAUUUGACCAACAACAGCACCAAGACCCGGGCAGCUUACACCGAGAAGCUGGGGCGGCUGGGCUUCAAUGCCGAAUCUAGGGAGGUGUUUGGGACGGCUUAUUGCACGGCGCUCUACCUGCGGGACAUAGCGCGGAUGCAGGGCAAGGUGUAUCUGAUGGGCGGCAAGGCGCUGAGCCAGGAGCUCGGGGACGCGGGGAUCCAGCAUGUUGGCAGCGGCCCGGACCCGGUGACCGGAGGGUUUAGUGACUGGGCGGCGAUAGAACCAGAUCCUGAGGUUAAAGCUGUGGUAGUUGGUUUUGAUGAGCACUUUAGUUACAUGAAGCUGACCCGAGCUCUGCGGUACCUGCAGGAUCCUGCUUGUCUCUUCAUAGCCACAAACACCGACACCCGGCUGCCACUGGAGGGCGGCAGGGUGAUACCAGGAACUGGCUGUUUGGUGCGAGCAGUGGAGACAGCCGCCCACCGCAAUGCUCAGAUCAUCGGCAAGCCCAGCUCCUUCAUCUACGAUUGUGUGGUUAAAGAAUGCGGAUUGGAUGCUUCCAGAACUGUGAUGGUGGGAGACCGAUUGGACACAGACAUUCAGAUGGGAUCUACGUGUGGUAUACGCACCCUCUUGACCUUAACAGGUUUUUCCACCCUGGAAGAUGCCAAGUCUUAUCAACAGAGUGGAUCUUUUUCCUUAGUUCCAGAUUAUUAUGUGGAGUCUGUAUCUGACCUCCUGCCAGCACUUUCAGAGUAAAACCAAUGAACCCGUACAAAGAACAGCUGUAUGACUAAGCGGAUUAACCUCAUAUAUUGGGACUGAUUCCUUCAUUCUUUGGAGGGAAAACUCUUGUGCUGUGUGUUCCAGCCCUCUUUUCUUGGUUAAAAUAUAGCUAUGCAGUUGGAUCCUGAUUGUGAAUGGUUACUUUUCUCCUAUGUGGGGGGUUAAAAUAGUGUAUAUGGGGGUGAAGUGAUGACUCUUUCCCCUUUUGAACGUUCUGCUCUAAUUUCCUCUUUUAACUACAGUUUAUAAACUGCAGCUGCAGAGUAAUUUCAGAACCUUUUUUAAAUUGUAAUUUAAAUCUAAUGUUAAAAAAUAUAUAUAAUCUAUAUCUCAAAUUUUAUAUACAUUUUUAUAUUUAAGAACAGAGUUUGUAGUAUCAAUAUUUUGACUCCAUACCCAGCAUCACCCACAUGCUAACUAUUUUAUGCUUCCAGAUUUUCCCAUUAACUUUUUUCUUUUUUGCAGUUUACAUUAGGAGCUUUAUUGGUGUUUGGAACUCCAGUACUGGAUUAUAUUUAUGGACAAAAGUAACUGUUCCUGCUGUUAAUAUAAAUUACAAUAGUACUGUAUCUCUUAUAUAAAGUAAAUAUUAGUUUGGAAGCAUCACUAGUAUGAAAACCCAUAAAAUGCAAUAUUAUUACAA